AUGAAGAGCUCUUGGACCGACCGCCAUUCUCGACUAUCCCUGGGACUCACCUUCGCACUCUCUCGUAUAUUCGGAGUGUUUCCUCUUCGCCUCGAAGAUGGGGUCUUUGUUAUUUCAUGGGUCGGCCUUUUCUCUUCUGUAUUGAUGACGGCAGGCUUGGUCUUCAGUCUCGUUGUCCACACUUUAGUCUCUGCGCCUGCUGUUUAUGUUACUCCAUUCACUGAUAUGCUUAAUAUUGCUCAACAACUCGGUUGCGACGCUGCUAUACUCGCCUCUGUUUGUUUCGUGAUUCGCAACCGUCAAGUUCUUUCGGACGUCCUGAACACUCUGAUCGAAUUCGAAUACGCCAUGUUUAGACUAGGAGUGGAAUUGAAACCGCUUCGAUACAUUUGGAGCAAGACUACUCUGCUUGCUACCUGGUUGGCAUUCGGACUGGAUUGUUAUUUUUUGGCUACUCACACCUACAGCAGUUUAUUCUACAGCUUCAGCCAUUACUACAUCAUCUCCUUGAUGGUCCUCAUCAACUCACAGAUAUCCUGGACAGCGGGCCACAUCGCCUCCGCCUUCGGCUGCCUUUCGGUAGCCCUCGAAGGUUCUGGAGACCUCCACCAGCUCGUACAGUGGCAUCGCCGGCUCACCGUAUCCUGCAGGAUGCUAUCUAAGGUGUACUCCCUGGGGAUACUUAUUCUUUUUGGAACAGCACUCCUGAGUUUUACCGUCGAAGCUUUCCUCACAUAUAAGAUCUUACAGACUCAGACCUUGGUCUAUAUUGCAGUGUGCGUCUAUUGGACGUGCAUUCUGUUCAGCAUUUGCUUUAAGAUCAUAGCGUCAUGCGUUGAAGCCAAGAAUAAGGGGCCAGCUUAUAGACUGUACUUCCACUUCCAAGGCAGUAGCGGUUUGACUUUUGAUGCGCUGGGAUUCUUCCAAAUCGACUGGCAAUUAGCCAGGACGGCUAGAGGAGGAGGGUUGCCUUACUAUUUCAAGUUGAAUGCCAGCCGUUGUCUCGGUAAUGACCUAGGCGCUUGGUGUUGGUGCGUUCCCUAUGACGUCAAAGGCUGCCUAGCUCGCAUUUCUUGGCGACUCCUUGUUUUCGCAGCAGAAAUAGACGAUGGGUUUUCGCAAGGAUUAUCGACCGUAAAACACGUUUGGAAACAUUCCCGAUUCUGGCUUCUCUUUGGCAGCGCCGAUGGUGCGAGUGCUUCUGCACUAAUUAUAUUUCCACUGUAA